UUUAAGAAAGCGACUAAGGUUGAUAAUCAUUAGAGUAAUAUUGUUUUCCCUCAUUGGUACAGAAUGAGGGUAAUUUUUAUCUUGGUAUUCUUUGCUGUCCUGGCAAGUGUUACUUAUGCCGGGACGGGCAGCGGAAGCGCAACAGGGACUGGUUCAGGUACUGGAACAGGAACAUUGACGGGAACAGGUUCAAUGACAGCUUCGGGUACUUUUACGGCCACCGGCACGGGAACUAAUACUGGAACAUGGACCGGAACAGGUACUACAGGUACCGGAACAGGGACUGGUACUGGAACAGGCACUGGUACAGGGACCGGAACAGGUACUGGUAUUGGGAGUAAGAGCGGUACAGGUACCGGAACAGGCACUGGUACUGGAACAGGCACUGGUACAGGGACCGGAACAGGUACUGGUACAGGUGGAAAAAGCGGUACAUUCACUGGUACAAAUUCCGGUACAUUUACUUUUACCUACUCUGGUAGUGGUAGCGCAUCUGCUAAACCAUCGAGCACAAGUUCAAGCACAAGUAAAUCCAGUGAAUCAAAGAGCAAAACGAGCAGCAAAAAGAGUAGCACAAAGAGUGGCAAAGGGUCCGGUCCAAGCCCUCCUGUGUAUCAUUGUAUUAAAGACGGGAUACGAUAUAGUGGAGUGUUUGCUGAUCCAUUCAACCCAUGUAAGGUUUGUAUAUGUUGCAAAACUGGAAUCUAUACGUGCACCGUAAGAAAAUGUCCAAAACCAAAGUGUGGUGAAAAGUUACAAACACUAGCUUCAAACGGCUGUUGUAUGGAAUGUCCAAAAAGUUGCAAAAAAGAAAGGAAGAAUUGUCCGAAACUUAAUUGCCCGAAGAGGCGUUAUGCAUAUGGAGAAACGGCCUGUUGUCCGUCUUGUGGAUGUGUUAACUUUCCCAGUAAUGCACCCCCAGGCGACUUUGGAGAAGAGUGUGCGAAUUGCGUAUGUAAUCCCGGAGGUCCCCCAUAUGAUGGGGAUGGAGAAAUUACGUGCAACCGUCCACCAUGCCCUGACACUAAACUGGAAUGUGUUGACCCUAUAUUUAACGAAAACUGUGAAUAUAAAUGCCCUCAAGGGCCAACAUGUAGAAGAGGAGAUCUCAUCAUCAAAAAAGGUGAGCCGCAACUUUUAGGCGAUAAAAUUUGUGUCUGUGAAAGAAACUAUUAUCCACGUGCGUUCUGUGUGACUGCGAAUCCGUUCGAACGAAAAUUAAAGAAGUUAGUAGAUCACAAAUGUGUUGCCCCAAUAGAAGAUCAAAAGAAAAAGUUUCGUAAAUCUACAGGAAAAGCCAAAGAGCCGGGAAGUGGCGUAAGCAGUGCAGGAAAGGGAAGUAGUACAGGUUCAGGCUCUCCUAGCACGAAAAGUACAAGUUCAGGCAAAAUGAGCGGAACGCCAUCAAGCCAAAAGAGUACAAGUUCAAGCAAAAUGAGCGGAACGCCAUCAAGCCAAAAGACUACAAGUUCAAGCAAAAUGAGCGAAACGCCAUCAAGCCAAAAGAGUACAAGUUCAGGCACAAUGAGCGGAACGCCAUCAAGCCAAAAAAGUACAAGUUCAGGCAAUAUGAGCGGAACGCCAUCAAGCCAAAAGAGUACAAGUUCAGGCAAAAUGAGCGGAACGCCAUCAAGCCAAAAGAGUACAAGUUCAGGCAAAAUGAGCGGAACGGCAUCCAGCAAAGUCUCGGGAAGUACUUAAGAAACUGUGACGGAACUAAAUUUUAAAUGUUGUUAUUUAUUAGCAAUAAAUGUAUCGAAGCAUU